AUGGAGAUAUUGGACAGCGAGUGGAAGGAGGAGCUGGAGUUGGAGGGUUCAGCCGCUGCACAAGUUCUUACAAACAUCAGCCAGGAUGGUGUUGCAAACUUCACCAACAUUACCUUCUUUCCUUACUAUCAGCACACCAUGUACGUGGCUGCCAGCUACAUCCUGGCCUAUUUCUUCAUCUUCGUGCUGUGUAUGGUGGGAAACAUCCUGGUGUGUCUGAUCGUACUGGGAAACCAUCGUAUGCGUACGGUGACAAAUCUCUUCAUCCUCAACCUGGCAAUCAGUGACCUACUGGUGGGCAUCUUCUGCAUCCCUACAACACUAGUGGACAACCUCAUCACAGGCUGGCCCUUUUCCAACUCUGUCUGCAAGAUAAGUGGUUUUGUGCAGGGCGUCUCUGUAUCUUCAUCAGUCUUUACCUUGGUGGCCAUUGCUGUUGAAAGGUUUCGCUAUAUCGUGUACCCUCUACAACCCAAACCGACCAUUCCCGUUGCCAAGGCCGCCAUAAUGUUGAUCUGGGUGCUUGCGGUGGCGUUUAUGUGUCCUACUGUAAUGGCUCUAACUGUGGAGAAAGUCCCUCACCACUACAUGGUGUAUGACGACGACUUCAACAACACCCUUCCGCUUUACACCUGCUUCGAGGACUUCACCAAUGGCAAGAUGAGAAAGGUAUACACGGCCGUUCUGUUCACUCACAUCUACCUGCUGCCUCUGACCUUCAUCACGCUGAUGUACGGAAGCAUCGGGGUCAAACUGUAUUUGUCUGUGGUGGCGAACAGAGAGCUGCAGCUCAACGACCGCUCUGUCCAGGUGAGGUGUCGAAGAGGGGGACAGCAAAUGGUAUCGCAGAAGAAGAUCAGGGUGAUAAAGAUGCUCAUCAUGGUGGCUUUGGUUUUCUUGUUAUCCUGGUUGCCGCUGUGGACUCUCCUCAUGAUGGCAGACUAUGCAGGUUUGAAGCGGGAUCAGCUGGACCUUCUGACCAGCUACAUUUUCCCCUUCGCCCACUGGCUGGCUUUCUCCAAUUCUAGCAUCAACCCCAUUAUCUACGGCUACUACAAUGAGAACUUUAAGAGGGGCUUUCAGGCGGUGUGCAAGUCCAGGCCCUUCUGCUGCUUCCUGCAGUGUGACCUGUGGAAGAGAGUGGUCGAGUGGUCCAGGAAAGGAAAGUCUGUGCAGCCUUGUGGAGGUAGUGAUGCUAGAGCUAACAACAGCAAUCCCAACGAUCUUUCAUUGGGAUUACAAAAUCAACUCCGCAAUGACAACAAGUCGACGGUCACGGCAGAGUUGUACAGGAACGUAAGGGUGGACAGUGUGGUAGGCCAGUCCGAUAAGAGCACUUCAGGUUGUGGUUUAGAAAUGUUAGCUGUAAACAAGAAAGUCAAUAACACUGAGGAAUCAGACAGGGUUACUUCGAUGGCUGUUUCAGUGCAUCAGGCAUGGGAUAACUGA